GUCGCGCUGGUCCGGGUCGGGGGGAAUUGGCCUGGCGUCACUUCCGGUUCUGUUGGGACAUAGUUAGUCUGUUCUUGUGGGGUUUUGGAACUUCGGGACCAACCGCUGUUAGCUUAGCCGGUAGCUCUUAGCAUCUGCGGUACUUUCCAGACUCGUCUGUCCGAACUCCGACCAUCGACGGACGGGUCACGGUUUCCUGGGUCCCAGUAACGGAGCCCCGCUAACAGAACGGGAGUUCUGCCGCGGGAAACGGGAGGCCGAAUUCAGCCGAACUUUUCCCGAAGGUUCCGGAAAGUCCGCAUGUUUGCGUCCUGCUGUAACUGGAUGUGCGUGGACGCGGCGGAUGGCGGCGCCACAGAAGACCAGGCCUACACUAACUCCGCCUUCAACAGCAGCCAGCCGCCCUCGCCGGAGCACAGCUGCGAGGCCUGCAAGGGCCGCUUUGACACGCACACCAAGAAGCACACCUGUGUCGACUGCAAGAAGAACUACUGCAACCGCUGCUCCGCCCAGAUGGGGCCCCGGCCCCGCCUCUGUCACACCUGCCAGCAUUUCUACGGGAAGCUGCUGGAGCGGGCGGAGCUUAUGAAGCUCAAGGUGAAGGAGCUCCGGCAUUACCUGCACCUUCACGAGGUCCCCACGCACCUGUGCAGAGAAAAGGAGGAGCUGGUGGAUCUGGUUCUGGGUCAGCAGUCCUCGCCUUCCAGCAGCUCCACCCCAGAGACCCCCAUCACAGAAGCCCCCUCGAUGACCUUUGACCCCCCUUUGAUACCCCACACCUCCGCUGCCUUUGCAGCCGCGCCACCCUCCCCCCCAGAAGGGCAGUCUGCUGAGUCCGAAGUCCCGCCUCCUCUCGUAGAGACGGCGCCGCCCGAGCCCGACCCACAGGAGGACGACCAGGUCUGGGAUGGCGAUGAGGCGCCCGUGUGGGGUCGCCGGGCCUCCCUGUCGGACCUGAGCGGCCCGGAAGACAUCGAGGCGCUGAGCGUGCGGCAGCUGAAGGAGAUCCUGGCCAGGAACUUUGUGGACUACAAAGGCUGCUGUGAGAAGUGGGAGCUGAUGGAGAGGGUGACCCGGCUGUACCAGGACCAGCAGAACCUGCUGGAGGCGACCUCGGUCGGCACUGCAGACGCCAUCACCGCUCUGGAGGACGGGCUGUGCAGGAUCUGCAUGGACUCCCCCAUAGACUGCGUGCUGCUGGAGUGCGGUCACAUGAUCACCUGCGCCAAGUGCGGCAAACGGAUGAGCGAGUGUCCCAUCUGCCGCCAGUUCGUCGUCCGAGCCGUCCACGUCUUCCGGUCCUGAGACCAGGAGACGCCUGCAGCAGACGCCUGCAGGAGACGCCUGCAGGAGAGGCCUGCAGCAGACGCCAGCAGGAGACGCCUGCUGGAUACGCCAGCAGCAGACGCCUGCAGCAGACGCCUGCAGGAGACGCCUGCAGCAGACGCCUGCAGGAGAGGCCUGCAGCAGACGCCAGCAGGAGACGCCUGCUGGAUACGCCAGCAGCAGACGCCUGCAGCAGACGCCUGCAGCAGACGCCUGCAGCAGACGCCUGCAGCAGACGCCUGCUGCUCCGGGGCUGGCGGCGCUGCUCCUCUGGUUCAGGUGUGAGGACCUGCUGCUGGACCGUGGCGCCUCCGUCCUCCUGCUCCUCCUUCCCUGGGAGGUUCUCCUCGUGUUCUCCCCACACACAGACUCCUCCGUGUGAGGUUCCUCUGGUUGUUCCAUGUGUUUUGUCUCCUUCCUGAGAACGUUCUUACUUUAAAGUUUCCGCCUCAAGAAUCAUGAAGUGUUCCUCCUGACUGGACCGAGCUGCUCCAGCUCCUCUGCUGGGACCUCAGGCGCUCCUCAGACUGAAGAUGAGGAGGCGUGACCUUCGGCUGCUGCUGUGGCGUGAAGCCCGGCUCCUGUUUGCACUAUAGAGACUGGAGGUGGCGUCUGCAUCUUCUGGGUGUCGGACUGUUUCUCUGCUGCGGUGACUCGCUGCACUUUGAUUCCGUGCACAAACGUGCACAGGUGCUGACAUUCUGUUUGUGGUCCGGGUCGGACCGAUCAAUCAACGCUUGUAUUUUUGUAGACUCGUGCUCCACAGGACUGUAAAGGGACCGGUUCUGUGUUGUGAAGGUCCAGAGCUGCCUCCUCAUCACUGUGAGACUUUUCUAAACUGUUUGAUUUCUGUUAGAUUUCUGAAAAGGUUUGCAAUAAAUAACUCUGGGAUGCGCGUCCUCUUCA